AUGUUCGCCAAAGUCCAACUCCUUUCCUUUGUCACCAUCGCCGCGCUUGCCAACAGCGCUCUUGCGGGUCCUAUCGUGAUUUCCAGCGUGAAGGCUCCCACCACCUGCAGCAGCACCAACACCAUCACCCGAACUGCUGGAGGCUUCGACCCCAACUGUUCGGUUGUGGUCACCGUUACGCAGGGCCCUCAGCCCACCUGCACUAGGACGAGCACCAUUACGCGCACCCUCCUGUUUAAUGGGGAGGUGACUGUGGUGCCCAGGGACGUAGAGCCGACCUUUGUGACUGUGCUGCCCACUGGAGGCCUUUCCACCCGCAUCGACGGCACAGUCUCCUCCACGCGUGCAACAGUCACCGCGACGCGUUCCAACGCCCCUGGACCAAUCGUGACCGUUUCUCCAUGGCCAAGCUCCAACCCUCCUAUCGUCACCGUCUCUCCCUGGCCAGUCACCUCCACCCGUGCGGCCAGUCCCCCUGUCGUAACUACCCCUACUAACCCGCCCAUCGUCACUGUGACACCUACCAACCAUCCAGUCGUUACCGAGACGCUUACUAAUCCGCCGAUCGUGACCAUAAACCUUACAAACCCUCGUGUUGUCAGUGUGACGCCCACCAACCCCCCACUCAUAACCGUUACACCCUGGCCAGUCCAACCCCAGCCUCAACCCACCAACGACGACUCGGAGAACUGCUCCGUAGUGGUCACCGUCACCCAACCCGGAACCGCUUCCUGCCCAUUCACCAAUACCAUCACGCAGACUCUGGCGCAGCCUACUGCACCGGCUGACCCCGACUGCUCGGUUGUGGUUACUGUUACUGAGAGGCUUCCUAGGCCUACUACGCGGGCUUAG